CCCCCCACAGCCGGGGUGUAGAAGGGGGGUUGAUCCCCCUGGGGGGAGCUCUGUGCGAUCUGUUACCCCCCACCCCCUCCUCUCCCGGGAGCUGGGCUUGCUGUGUGUAACCCGGUGCUGAGCCCUCUGCUCCUUCCCAGGGAGACACCACCAUCAUGGAGACCAAGACCAUCGUGUAUGAUCUGGACACCUCUGGGGGGCUCAUGGAGCAAAUCCAAGCCUUGUUGGCUCCCCCGAAAAGUGAAGAAGGAGAGAAGAAAAGCAGGAAGCCUGAGAAAGAGCCCAGAAGAAGCGGAAGAGCAACCAAUCAUGACAGCUGUGAUAGCUGCAAGGAAGGUGGUGAUCUGUUGUGUUGUGACCAUUGCCCGGCUGCCUUCCAUCUCCAGUGUUGCAACCCUCCCCUAAGUGAGGAAAUGCUGCCCCCAGGAGAGUGGAUGUGUCAUCGCUGCACCAUACGCAGAAAGAAACGUGAGCGUAAGAAAGAGUUGGGCCAAGUUAAUGGUCUGUUUGAUAGAUAUGGAAGAAGGACGGUGUCACCUACCAGUGACUUGGAAUUCUCCGAAAGAGCUGCUGGCAGCUACCGGACCCUUGCACAAGCCAGGAUGCUGGAAAGAAGAGUGAGCCGUCCCGGCACCCCUACAUCUAGUGCCAGCACUGAUACCCCCACCUCAGAACAGAAUGAUGUCGAUGAGGACAUGAUUGACGUGGAUGACGAGCCCCCUGCUCUGGAGUCGGAGUAUGGCCAUUCUCAACUCAAAAGACCCUUCCAGCUUCUCAUCGCAGCUGCCAUGGAAAGGAAUCCUACCCAAUUUCAGCUCCCCAAUGAGCUUACCUGCACCACAGCACUUCCAGGCACCAGCAAGCGACGUAGGAAAGAGGAGAUGACUGGAAAGAAUGUCAAGAAAGCACAGCAUGAAUUAGAUCACAAUGGCCUGGUACCUUUACCAGUUAAAGUUUGCUUCACUUGCACCAGGAGCUGUCGUGUGGCACCUCUUAUUCAGUGUGAUUACUGCCCUCUCUUAUUUCACAUGGACUGUUUGGACCCUCCCCUAACUGCUAUGCCAACAGGCCGGUGGAUGUGUCCCAACCAUAUUGAACACAUUGUGCUGAACCAGAAGAGUAUGACCCUGAGUAAUCGCUGCCAGGUUUUUGACCGCUUCCAGGAUAGCAUUUCACAGCAUGCGGUGAAGCUGGACUUCCUGAGCCGCAUUCACAAAACAAACCCUCCCAACCGCAGGGUGCUACCACUGUCCAAAAAACAUACGGUUAAGGUUCCUGAUGCAAUCAAAGCACAGUACCAGACACCUCCACAGCUAAUGGCCCCAGCGGGAAUACGUGAUGGGGAAUUAAUUUGUAACGGCAUACCCGAUGAAUCUCAAAAGCACCUCUUGAACUCUGAGCACUUAGCCAGCCAAACAGAGCAACAAGAGUGGCUCCGCAGUGUGAUUGCACUCCAGUGCAGCAUAUUGAAACAUUUGUCUGCUAAGCAGAUGCCUCCGUCCUGGGACACAGAUGAUGCUGAGACUUUGGAUGUCAAACCGGUUAUUGCACCUGAUGGUUCGGUUUCCAACUCUCACCAGCACACCGAUGGCAAAGCGCAGUUUCCCACAUCUUUAGGCAUGUGUCCGAGCAGCCAGGCAAUGUCUUUGCAGGAAGAUACGACAUUUGUGGUCAAGCCUUGCCUCUCUACCACAUUUGGCACCUUGAAUGGACCUGCUGCUCCAGAGUCCAAAUCGAAUGGCCCUCAUGCUUACGGUGUUAGCCCCAAUCCUACGGAACAGUUGACUGAUCCUCAAAAGCUAACAGGACCAAGUACUGGUGUGUCGGUACUGACUCAGCGGCAAGCACGCCCUCGUUCGGGCACUCCUCCUUCUGCUACAGUACUCCCAAAACAUCUGAUGAAAGCAGAUAAUACAUUAGGGUCAUCACUAUGUACGCCACGCGUACCAGUACCUGCCAUUACACCCCCGAGCUCUUGCACCAGUUCUGAGCUUACUAGCACUUUGUUACGCAAACCUGCUCUAACACAACCUGGGCCUACAUUCAACCAACCUGACUCCAAGUCAGUGGGAUCUCCACUUUCUGGUACCAGGGCCCUUACACCUCCUCAAGCUAUAGAUGUACUGACCUCUGCAGCAUCCGGUGCAUCCAGAAUUUGUGCAGCAGCACCACCUGCAGAUGGUAAAGUUCGGCCUAGUACAUUAUUACUCGAUUGUGUUCCAAGCGGUUCAUGUACAAUAACCUCUUCAGCAAUGAUGGAGUUGACCAACUCACUCCGAGCAUUGAUGGAUGGGAAUGGAGAAAUCCAAAUUAAUCUGUUGGAUGAAAAGCUAGUAAAGUUGUUGGCCAUGCAGAGAAUCCAGGAGAUUUUUUCAUCGAAAGAUCAUUCUGCAGCAAGUGUCACCCGUCCCCAGCCAGCCCCUUCUAUUGGAAAUCACGUAGAAGCUCAGAAAAGAGAGGUGCAAGCAAGAGCUGUAUUCUACCCCCUAAUGAUGGGUGCUGGCGCUCCUGUGAACAUGUGUUAUCGGACCCUUUAUAUUGGCACAGGAGCAGACAUGGACGUGUGCCUUACAAAUUAUGGUCAUUGCAACUACGUGUCUGGCAAACAUGCUUGUAUAUUUUAUGACGAAAACACGAAGCAUUAUGAAUUGUUGAAUUACAGUGAACAUGGAACAACCGUUGACAAUGUACUCUAUUCGUGUGACUUUUCUGAGAAGAUUCUCCCUACCCCUCCCAGCAGUAUUGUUGCCAAAGUGCAAGGCGUAAUAAAACGCAGUAAGAGCCAAAACCCAGAGCCGGAGACCAUCAAGGAAGAGCCAAUUAUGAACUCUCGGGCACAAGGUCUCCAGCAACAGCCAUGCAACUGCAAAGCCAGCAGCUCCAGCCUCAUUGGAGGAAGUGGGGCAGGCUGGGAAGGUACGGCUCUUCUUCACCAUGGAAGUUAUAUUAAACUGGGCUGCAUCCAGUUUCUUUUCUCAAUCACGGAAUUUGCAACAAGGCAGCCGAAAGGUGAAAAUGAUGGCUUAGCACAAGACCUAGACUUGGAAGACAAGAUGUCUUUGAAGUCACCUCACCAGGUGCCAGUCUUAAGAUCCAAUUCUGUUCCUUAGGAGCCAAACACUAGAACUCUUACGAGACAAAAAAAAACUCUUCCUGAAUUAAGACUUACUCGUCAGAGGAAAUAUGCCCAGCGGCCUCUUGGAAUCCCCUGUUUUGGCAAGAAAGAGUUUGCACAUUUGCAUGAUAUGAAGAAAGCUCACUUUUUUAUUUUUUAUUUUUUUUCCCUCUCCUUUGCUCACAUUUUAUGGGCAUUUGCACAUAUAUUUCUAUCAUACAUUUCAUAUAUUAUAAAUAUAUAUAGAUAUAUAUUUUUUUUUUUUUAUUGUAAAAUUCAAAUAAACAAUUGUCCCCGGAACGAAUUUAUCAGAAUCCGAUCAAAAGGUCAGAAGACUUUCUGCAGGCCACAAACACGUGAAUCUAGACAUUUUUUUUUCUUCAUGCCAUUGUAAAUUAAUAGACAGGAAAGACUUGUUCUAUUUUGUGCCAGUGACCAUUUUAUACAGAACAACUGGUUUUUCCGCAAAACUGUAUUUCUCAUAACAUGUUACAUUUAACAGCAUUAAUAGUCCCAAUACAGAACAGUGUGACAUCAAUCCUUUUUUCCAUUCUGACUACAUUUUCAAUAAAAGUAGCUUCACACAGA